AUGCAUUCCCCUAGUGCUCAAACCGUUUUUGUUAAGAUAUUUUAUAAAACACAGUAACGGUAACGCAGUUAUAGAUUCUCCGUUUCCUUUCAGAAGACAGUUUGCUCCACACGCAAAAAGAACUUCAUUUUUGUACUGCACACACAGCCGACUGCUACAAAGGCCUGAAAUUGGAAACUCUGGAAGCUUUAAAAGAAACAUGAGUGGAAGACAAAGCAAAGAAUGCAGACCUACUGCACUUUUGGCAGAGAGAAGAAACUCUGUGAGUGCAGAAUGCACUCCUCUAUUAGAUUUUGCACAGUUCAAACCAAGGAUUAUUCCAAAAGUUGAUGAUACCAGGAAGAGAAUAGAAGAUGCAUUACAUAAAUGUUUCCUUUUUAAAUCUCUUGAUAAGGAGCAAACCCAAAUUGUUAUUAGUGCAGCGAAAGAGGUGAACUAUGCAAAAGGGGAUAUCAUUAUUAGACAAGGGGACCCAGGGGAUCACUUCUUCAUGUUGGAGGAAGGAACUUGUGAUGUGUGGAUAAAAGAAUCCGGUGACAAAAAUUCAAGGAUGGUGAAGAGAUAUAGCAAAGGUGACAGCUUUGGAGAGCUCGCUCUGCUUUAUAAUGCUCCAAGGGCAGCAACGAUUAAGGCACUCUCAGACUGUGUGCUUUGGGCAGUUGAUAGGAACACAUUCCAAACAAUAGUAAUGAGCACUACAAUGGUCAAAAGAGAUCUCUAUGAGCAAUUCUUGCAAGAUGUACCCCUUUUGGAGACACUUGAUAGGCAUGAGAGGUCUGCAAUCGCAGAUGUUCUGGUGGAUGAAUAUUUUGUUAAAGGAGAGGACAUUAUUGUUGAAGCAGAACCAGGGGAUAAAAUGUACUUUCUGGAAAACGGGAAGGCUGAGGCAAUUUGUAAGGGCAAAAGAGUCAUGGAAUACAGUAGAGGUGAUUACUUUGGAGAGUUGGCUUUGCUCAACGACCAACCCCGUGCUGCAACAGUUACUUCAGUUACUCAAUGUAAAUGUAUUUCAAUAGAUAGAGAUAGCUUCAAGAGACUGCUUGGCAAAGUGGAAGAUAUACUGAAUCGUAAUAAGAAUUUGUACCAGACAUUUAGGGAUGAUGAUGAUGAGAAGGAAAAAGAUGACAUUACUGAGGAAGAGGACAAGAAGCAGGAAACAUCCAUCAAUGAUGCUGAUAACAAGGACAAGAAGCAUGAGACAUCAGGCAGUGAUGGUACUGAUAAGGAAGAUGAUAAACACCAUGUCUAGACAUCUAGAUGUGACAAUGCUGGGAAUAAAUAAGGAUAAGAAACAUGCGAUAUCUAGGGGCCAUAAAAAGGAUGGUCAUGAAGAUUUGAGUUGGAAAUUACUUCUGCCACUGAUAAUCACAAUUUGCUUAGGCAAGAGUGCAACAUUACUGCUAAGAAACUAUAAUUGGAAAGGAGUUUGAAAAAACUUUGUUGACAUUCACAAAAAUUUACACAAUUUUGUUUUUUGAAGUAGUAGAAAAAAAUAAGAAUGGGACAUAGGUAUCUUUCAAAUAGUGAAAU